GGCGGGCGGGCGGGCGGGCGGGCAGGCAGGCAGGCAGGCAGGCAGGCAGGCAGGCAGGCAGGCAGGCAGGCAGGCAGGCAGGCAGCAACCAACAACUUUCAACUGGAGAUGGCUUCAAGAAUGAGCACUUUGAAAGCAUGCAAAGAACCAUUUGCAGAAAGAAUCAUCUCAGAGCCGGUGGAGGACACGGACACCACCACCACCACCACCACCACCGGCACCGGCACCUUUGUGGCUCAGUUUUCUUUAGAAGCCAAUCACCCGGUGCAAGUGACUGAUCCUAACGAUGCUGUGACACUCCACCUGAGCUCCAUGCCCUCUGGAUACUUGAAGCCCCCGGACAGAAUACGGCAGCCGGUCAAAGAAUGUACCUGCCCGACGCCGACGUCAGCGGGUACGGAGCAGCCCAAAGAAGUCCAAUUAGAGCUCAAGAUCCCUUGUGAAAGGUGCUGGCUUCCUGCACCACCUCCCAAGAUCAGCGACCUCCUGAAUGACAAAGAUCUUCUGGACUCAUUGCGACUCAAGCUGGACCCCAACCACUGCGCUGUGAAAAACUGGAAGAACUUUGCCAGCCGCUGGGGGAUGAGCUACGACGAGCUGGCCCUGCUGGAGUACCGGACCCAAGGCUCUCUGUCCCACAGCCCCACCCAGGAGUUCCUGCUGCGUUACAACCAGAAAGCGGUCAGCGAGCUCAGUGAACUGUGUCGCUUUUACCAGCGGAUGGACGUGCUGCGAUUGUUGCAGAGCUGGAUGGAAAAGGAUUGGCCGUCACGCUGGCAGCAAUCUCAUUGAUUUCCUUUGGCGCUGCCCGUUUGUUCUUUCUCAGACGCCGCCCUUUUUUAGGGGUGCCGCGACAACCGAGUGAUCCAAAGCUUUCUCUUUCCCAACCCUGUCAAUUGUUUACAAUGUGAUGGGUAGAGAGUUCAUUGUCCCAAGAGUCACAAUAUUGUUCCAAACAAGCAUCUGCCUACUGAAAACAAGAUUGUGCACGGAUGGAUCUUUUCAUAUAUACUGCUCUUUUUAUUCAAUCACAUGCAUUCACAGUUACUUCAUUAAAAGGACAAUGUUACUUGUUGAAAGGGAAAGCGUUAAGUGUCCAAAAAGGCAGUACGCAAGGAAAGUAGAUCACAUUUGUCGAUCAAUCUUUGACAACAGAUACAAAUCCAGACACACUGUAUAUAAUAAAUAUAAGAGGGAUAUGCACAUGGUUUUGAGAAAGAGCCGUUUUCAUUUCAAUGGGAAUUCUACACCUCAAGUCCCAGCAUGUUGGAGAGGCCUAACGAUACUUUGUCACUUUCGUCGGCUUCGUGGGCGAGCCUCGGAGGCUGGAUCAAGCCCAGCGGGCACUGCGGCUUUUCCACUUCCAAAGUCCCUCCUGGAGGGACAAAACCGGAGUCGACCGCAUCUCCAGAGGCACGGAGAGCCUGCAGGCUGGCGCUUUUCUCCUCUGUCGGUGAGGUGUUGGACGACGGGGCUUUCUCCAUUGCCAUUCUCAACCUCUCCAUGACGUCUACCCUUUCUCCAUUUGUCGACGGUGCGUUCCGGACCGCUAAACGGAUCCCUUUGCUGACAAUAUAAUCCUUGGCCUCGUGGUCAGAUCGUGACAGGUGAAAGAUAUCUGGAGUUUCUUUCUUGCUCUCAAUGCAAUUUCUGGGCAAAGUGUGCAAUCGGAAUUUGGGAGCGUCCGCUUCAGCGUUGCUUUCGUGCUCCGUCUCCAGCGAGUUGGAUCGAAAUGCCCAUUUGAAGGGCCACUUAAAUUUACUUUUGGGAGAACCUUGGAUUGCACCAUCUCCAGCUCUGAUUGCUAUGUCAGGACUGUCGGUGCUCAUUUCAGGGGAAGACAUUUCGCCGUCAAGCGACGACAGCUUUGGACUGACGCUUGUACUUUUGGAUCCUGAGAAAUUUAGUUUUGGAACCUUAAAAUGUGGUAAUUUGGGUUUCUCAAGACCCGUGUCUACCUUUGGAGCUUCCACAUCUAUUUCUGCUCCUUUUAUCUUCCCUUCAACCUUUGGAGCACUUAAAUCUACCGUGUUUGCAUCUGCUUUCGGCGUACCGAUGUCCACCCGGGGUGUGUCCAGUCCAGCCUGAAGUGAGGGAUGAACACUGGGAAGUUCAACUCCAGGGCUUGAAAGGUCCAGCUUUGGAAGCUUAUAGUGAGGCAAGGUAAAGUCCGCUCUGUGGGAAUCCAAGCCUACGACUGGGCUUUUCAACUGCGCAUCCGGGCCUUUAAGCUCUGCACUCGGCAAGUCCAUACCCACAUCUGGUACGUGACCGUUGAGCUCGACAUCAGGUGCGUCCAAGGUAGCCUUUGGCAAUUUGGUGCCAACGUUGGCCACAUGGACAUUUCCAAGGCUCAGGUCCGGCUCUUUCACCUCGGCAUCGGGUACCGUAGGCAGAUGCAGACUGGGUCCCUUAACAUCUGCUUGGGGCAGGUUCAUGUCCAGCCCUGAGUUUGUAAUUUGAGGGCCAGAAAGAUUCAAUCGUGGUAAUCCCAAAUCAGCAUUGGCUAUAUGUGCACCAUUUAAAUCCAUUUUAGGGAGACUUACAUUUGGAGCAGCAAAGCCACCGGCAAUGUUGGGAGCAGAAAUAUUCAAGUCUUCUGUAUCUAGAGCAAUAGGAGCCAUGUGGAGUUGUGGAGCCUUGACAUUCGCAUCAAUAUCAACAUCGGGCUUUCCGACCUUUGACAAUGUCGGCAAUUUCAGUUUGGGAAACUUGAAAUGCCCGCUCGAAAGUUCUGGAGACUGCAGAUUGACAUCGGAUGUAUCAAGACUACCUCCGAGCUUUGGUGUUGACAAGGACACAUCAGGUGCAUUUAAAUCGACUUUGGGCGUAUCCACGUCUAAAUUAGGAACAUCAACAUUGGCAUCAAUAUUUGAGGAGCCUUUGACUUUUGGCCAUUUGGGCAUUUUUAUUUUUGGGAACUUCACUUUGCCAUCAAUCGGGUCAAUGUUUGGAGCGGACGUGUGGAGAUCUAAAUCAGGGCCGCUGAUGUUAGCCUUUGGCGUGCUGAAAUCGAGGUCCGGAGCUCGAACGUUUGGCGAAAGAUCCACAUCCGGUGUCGUUAAAUUGACAUCGGGUGUCUUGAGCUCCACAUCCGGCACCUUGAUCUCACUGUCGACAUCAGAUUUUAGACCCAUCAGCGUACCAAACUUGGGUUUCUUGAUCCAUUUGAAUUUUCCAGA